UAAUCAACCGGCAAUCAAAAUCCAUGCAUGCUGACUUACGUACGAGCCACCGGCCGUGACCUUUCCUCAGCCUCACUCGGGCCAGGCCAUCAGGAUGAUAUUCAAGUCUUCCAUACAUAGAGCCUCAACAGUCUUUUCAUCUGAGGUUCCACAGACUCUGCGAAAAAGAUGCCUGUCCACCGUGUUACCCGUCGAGCUGGCCCACGACGAACACAUACCUGCAGAUGGAAAUCGGUCGCAUAGACCACUCCUCAUCCUACACGGGUUUUUCGGUUCGAAGCGCAACUGGCAAUCACUCUCCAAGGCGUUUAUGCGCGACCUCGGCAGACCCGUAUAUACCCUCGAUUUGCGAAACCAUGGAUCUUCACCGCAUGUUAGACCGAUGACGUAUACUCACAUGGCAGCGGACGUCUUUAACUUUUGCCAGAAGCACUCGCUGCGCGAUAUAUCGCUUAUGGGACAUUCUAUGGGCGGCAAGGUCGCAAUGGCCCUCGCACUCCAUCCCGAACUACCCUCUAACUUGCUCGCAGACCUUAUAGUGUCUGACAUUGCUCCAGUCAGAGCCAAAGCCUCACAGGAUACCGUCCAACACAUACAUGCUAUGGAAAUAAUAGAAGCAAACAAUAUUUCCACGAGAAAGGAAGCAGAUGAAAUAAUGUCUAAACAUGAGAAGGAUCCGAACGUCCGAGCAUUUCUGCUCACGAACCUCGAGAUUACCAAGGCAAAGCCCUUGAAAUUUAAGAUCCCUAUCGACAUUUUGAAAGAGGGUCGACCAGAAAUUGAAUCUUUCCCUUACGCGCCUGGGGAGCGAUCCUGGGAUGGUCGUGCUUUGUUUAUCAAGGGAAAGAAGAGCAAAUACAUUAAUCGUCACAACAUCCCGUUAAUCAAUCAAUUUUUCCAGCAGCAUCAGUUGAAAGAACUUGAUACAAGUCACUGGGUCCAUGCUGAGCUACCGAAUGAAUACAGGAAGCUCAUCGUAGAUUUCAUCACCCAAUAGACAUAUCUUGAACUGCGAUCUACCAAUAUAAGACACCAUUUACGCCAUGCGUGUAUAAGUUAUAUAAAGUGGUGACGGUCGGCUUGCGUUCUCUGAGCAAAAUUUAAAGUUCUUGGAGCUUGAUUGAAACUCUACACUUUGCUUGUCCCUGCACCCUCGCUUCCUCCAUCGCUGUCAGGAGAAGGGUUCUCCUUAUCACCCAACGCCACGGCAAGCGGAUCUGGUGAGUCCUUCUCAUGAGUGGAUGUUUGCGCAGGAUUCAAAUCUUGAUAUUGCAUCC